AAGCCAACCAAUAUCUCAGAAAUCACAAUCAGAUAUUUUAAAUCUUCUUAAAUCUGAUAAACAUGAGGUACACGAUGGAUACAGAAUAGUAGCUGGCGUAGUUUUGUCGCGUAAUCCUAUUAUCCUCAGAGACCUACACCCCUUUGAACGAGAAUAUUAUUUAUAUCAGCAACGAUUAGAACAUAUACAUGCACCACCCUUUCCGGUGGAUUUUUAUUUUAAAAAAGGUAGCGUAGCAGAGAAAAAAUGGAAGGAAAAAAAAGAAAGAGAAAAAGCAGAUGCAUUAUUAGCAUUUGGUUCACGAAAAACAAAAAAUAAAACGUCUUCUGAGAAAAUUGGCGAGGAUGGAACUAUAGAUUCAAGUGAUGUAUCAUCGGAGGAAGAAGAAAUAAAAAUUGCUAGUAGAAUAACAUCUGCCGACUUAACGAAUGAUAUCAAGUCACUUGAUAGAGCUUUACAGCGUACGUUAUACCUUAUCGUCAAGAAACCAAGAGAAGAACAUUCGUGGCAAUUCCCACAAGGUGGAGUUGAGAAAACGGAAACGUUGGUUCAAGCUGCUAGUCGAGAAUUGGAAGAAGAAUGUGGUAAUUGUAUGGACGUUUGGUUCGUUGGGAGAAGACCAGUUGGGUAUUACAAGUAUAACUACCCAAAAAGCUUUGUAAAAGACAAUGCCGAAUAUAAAGGAGCAAAGGUAUUUUUCAUGGCCGCGCACAUAUUCGCUGGUCAAGUCAACGUAGAUAAUAAGGAAAUUGUAGAUUUUGCGUGGGUUACCAAGCAAGAGAUGAAAAAUUAUGUACAUACCGAAUACUAUGAAGCUGUUAAAGAUAUGCUAGAAUUUAUUGUGACAACACUCGGACAACGUUGGAGUUCCGCACCUACUAUAAUACAUGGUGUGGAAUAUUUGAUCUUUGUCUAUUUAAUAUUUGGGUUAUUACGAUUGUGGUAUGUUAAUUAUCUAUGGAAAAAAGAGGAAAAUAGAAUCGCGGAAAUUAGAGCAAAAAUAGAAAAAGAAUUAGACGUACCUGACACAACGGUUCCUAUAAAUGGAACGGCGACUGCAUCUACUGGUCUAAAUACAUCUACAGUUGGAGUUCCUAUGACUACGUUUGGCCCCUCUGCAUCAAUUACUGGCUCUUCUAUGUCAAUUACCGGCCUUUCUACAUCAAUUGCUGGUCUUUCAACAUCAAUUACUGGUCCUUCUACAUCAAUUACUGGUCCUUCUACAUCAAUUACUGGUCCUUUUACAUCAAUUACUGGUCCUUCUACAUCAAUUACUGGUCCUUCUACAUCAAUUACUGGUCCUUCUACAUCAAUUACUGGCCCUUCUACAUCAAUUACUGGUCCUUUUACAUCAAUUACUGGUCCUUUUACAUCAAUUACUGGUCCUUUUACAUCAAUUACUGGUCCUUCUACAUCAAUUACUGGUCCUUCUACAUCAACUACUGGUCCUUCUACAUCAAUUACUGGUCCUUCUACAUCAAUUACUGGUCCUUCUACAUCAAUUACUG